AUGAGCCUGUUGUGGAUGAUUCAAAUAACCAGUGGAUGGAUGUUGAGGAUGAAGACUGAAUAUCACCCCAACUCUGGAAUCCCAGCGCAAACACGAACAUUCUUGACGUUUCAGCGCAACAAUUUGGAAGACCCACCAAUUCCCGAUACACAACCUUGGGUGCCAUUUCGAUCUCACCUGGACUUCGAGGUAGCUGAACUUGCUCAUGAAGCUGCCCUUAGCCAGCCUCAAAUUGACCGGCUGAUCAACCUUUUGCAUCGCUCGAAGCAGGAUUCAGAGUCUUUCACCCUCCGCAACUACAAAGAUGUUCAGAACACGUGGAGUGCUAUCUCCCAUCGUCUAACUCCAUUUACAAAGCAAACAAUCCAAGUGCCUUACAAUGGGGUUGAUCAAGAAUUCACCCUUUACUACUGGGACUUAUGGGACUGGGCAUGCGACCUCCUUCGAGACCCUUAUAUUGGCCCCCAAUUUACCUUUGACGCUCACUGCCUGUUGAAGUUUGAUGGGAAUACAUUUGUGAGAUUUAUCGAUGAGCCUUGGACUGCAGAUAGGUUUUGGGAGGCUCAGUCAUCUAUGCCCAGCCAUGCAAAGCCACUUGCAUUUAUCCUCUAUGCAGAUAAGGCAAAGUUGUCUUCCUUUGGUCGCGAAAAAGGCUACCCUGUGAUUGCCCGUAUCGCAAACCUCCCAGCAUCCAUCCGAAAUGGCGAAGGGGUUGGUGGCGGUCGAGUUGUCGCAUGGCUCCCCAUUAUCAAAGAUGAUCCCUCGAAGUCGGGAAACCUGAAAUUUGCGGAUUUCAAAGUGGCGGUUUGGCAGGAGUCCUUCAAGCUCAUACUCAAGUUUGAGUGUUGGGAUAAACUUCAACGCCUUUUCUUUCCUUUUGUCCUGAUCUUGUCUGCAGACUAUGAGGAACAAUGUGUUAUGUCCCUGAUCCGUGGAGUCAUGGGAAAAUUUCCAUGUCCCAUUUGCUUGGUUCCCCAGGAUGAGUUACAUAGUCUGUUGGACACCUGGCCACUUCGCACAUGUCGCGAUUCUGUUCGCCUGCUCAGGAAGGCAAGAAGGAAGACCACUAAGGCAAAGCGAGAGAAGAAGUUGAAGUCUCAGUCGCUGAGAGAUGUCGAACUUCUGGACGUCUUUCGUGCCCUUUGUUUUGACUGCCUACAUACCCACCAUGAAGGACUGUGGGGGAAACACUUGUUCGCAGCAGUGCCAAGGUGGCGGAAUCUCAACCACUUCAAGGAAGUCAUGGGAAUUAGCUUCACUGACAGGACAAAGUCGCCGCCGGAUCUCAUCCGAGAGGUUACGUGUAACACAAAGUACGAAGACAUAUUAAAGUUGAUCAUGUUUGUUGCUCAUGAUGUACUCAAUCCUGAAGUACACGAGCAAGGAUAUCUCCUCCUUCAAUGUAUUCGAGCCCAUUUAGAUGUAGACAUGUUCAUGGCUCUUAAAGUGCACACCAUGGAGACCCUUGCUGCUGGUCAAGCCACUCUUGGCAAGUUUUCUAGACUCAUGGAUAAAUAUAUGUCUAAAUCUGGAUCUGAACUGAAGAAUUGGAAUUUUCCAAAGCAUCACUUAGCUGUUCACCUUUUUGACGAUAUCGAGGCCAAAGGCGUUACUCGGAAUUUCAACACCAAACCAAACGAGAAAGCACAUAGACCCCUGAAAAAAUCUUACCAGCUCCGAACAAAUUUCAAACAAGUUGCAGACCAGAUCUUACGUGCAGACCAUUGGAGCCUUGUAUCGGCAUGGAUUCGCUAUCACCUCAAUGAUCUCAAUGACUAUAACGCAAGAAAGGAAGCGAGUGCUCUUGGUGGUUCAGAUUUGGAUUCGGACGCAGAUGACACAGCCCCGGACGAGAGAGUUACACCUAGAUUGGAGUCCACUGGCAGCUUUCAUAUCAAGCUUGGUUCACGUCAGCAUAUAUCCUUGAUAAAUGCCAUUCAGCAAGCACACCUCGAAGACCCAGCAUUUCAUCAGUUUCAUACCAAAAUUAACCGCUUUCUUAACAUGAUACCCAUCAUUACAUGGAAUGGACAUGUUGCACUUGAAUUGGGUGCUGAUACAGUGACAGAAUUCUGUUACUUGCAAGCAAACUUCGAGUCAAUGGUUGAUUUUUGGACAUCAAAAGACUACCUCCGCUGCUCCCCAAUGUUCCACAAUGUGCCGAGAUAUGACUCCGUCAUUAUCAGGACCCAAGAUGGGAUCAUCUUUGGUCACUUGAUCUUCAUAUUCAUGUGCUUGGUUGGAGAUGCAAGUAGGAUAGUUAGCGUAGUUUCUCUUUAG